UAGCCAUUGGUCCACUUUGGGUUCCCAAAGUCACGGCCGGUUUUGUAUCCUAGUUUCACUAAUAGUAGCUGUGUAGGCAACUGUAAGGAAGGAUCUUUGAAGAUCUGCUGCUGAAAAGGCAGUGAACUUAAACUGAUGAUAAGUGUUGUCUAAUGUAAUAAUCAUCAUGAGAGAAUGCUCCUUGGUAUUGUUAUUGAUCGUGACUUUGUUCACGACUGCGGAUUCAGUUGCUGCUCAGUCGAAAACGACAGACAACUAUGACGUUUCAUCUGCGAAGGUUGUUGCUAACUCCCUCAUUGAAGGGCUGCUUUCUUAUUCUAAAAGGAAAAAUGGCUCCCCUCUGCCACCUCGUUUAGACCUUGUAUUCAUCUUGGACACCCCAUCUUCAGAAUGCAGUUCUAAACAGUUCGGGAUUUUGAAAGUAUUUCUUCAAAAUCUCGUGAAGGAGUUUAGUAUAUCUCCGUCCACAACAAGGAUUGGUCUUAUUCGAUGUUCUGCCAACGCAAGCCUACAGUUUGGACUGGACCAUUUUAUGAACCGAGAGUGCGCACUGAAAGCACUCAAGAAUUUAAGGUACCAUCCAAGUUCGCGCUGUUCGUUGAACAGUGCAUUUGACUUGGCAAGACGUAUUGUAUUCAAGAAAAACGAUCUUCACGCUAAGAAGCUGGUCUUCCUUUUAUCAGCUGAAAAACAGCGCCAUGACAAAAAAACCGUCGUAUCUGCAGCCAAUCUACGAAGGAACGGUGUUGAAUUGUUUGAAUUAUGUGUACGCAGUCAUCAUAGGGCACGUGAAGAUAAGAGAAUAGCAAGCAAACCAAUGAGAACACAUAGACUUCAUGUUGAUGAUUAUGAUGCUCUAGUAGAAGUUGCCGAUCAAAUCAAAGGCGAAGGUCUCGGCCAAUCCUGUUCUACCACAGGUACAGUAUAUGACGAGUGCAGACGUCGAUGCCGUUGUUCUAACGGCCAAAUGAUCGACUGUUAUCGUGUACGAAAAGAGUUCACUUCCAUGACAUUAGAAGAACGUCGUUUGUACAUCCACGCCCUCAAGACCGUCUCUUCAUUGCAGCCUUACAAACGGAUGUACGAUACAUUGACAACCUACCAUCCUUUAUGGUUCAAAGGAGUUCACCGUCUCAAGUAUUUCUUUCCAUGGCAUCGAUGGUAUAUCUUGAUUUUUGAGAACUUUUUACGUCAAGUAGAUUGUCGUGUUACGGUACCGUACUGGGACUGGAGCCGAGCUGUGAGCAAAGGCGCCUUAUUUCGAGCUUCUUACAUCCGGGAUGUUUGGCAUCCGGGACCUCAUGCACUUGGUGGUGAUGGCACGAAGUAUGACCUUUGUGUUCAAAAUGGGCCAUUCCGUAAGGAUUCGUGGUUUGUCUAUCUUAUACUAAAGAAUAAAAGCAAGCCUACCUGCUUGACUAGGGAGUUUAACACCUGCUACUCUCAAUAUUUGUUUAAUGCCCAAAACGUUAGCAAACUCUUCCAGCUACCGUUACAUAAAUUCCGAGUCUUCGAAAAAAAAGUGAGACGAGCGAUGCAUGAUCAGUUUCAUAAUGCUAUCGGUGGGGUCAUGUCACUAGAGGAGUCUGCAAAUGCCCCGGAGUUUUGGUUUCAUCACGGAUACCUCGACAAACUGUGGGCUGACUGGCAGAAGCGGGGGCCAAAGUUCAAGCACCAGUACUAUCACGGAGUCACGACGAAUUUCCCUGGAACGAAAAUCCGUGGAUCAUGGUUCAUUGACUUAUCGAGGCAACCUUUCUGUGUUAAAGUAGUUCACGAUCAACCAAUCGACAUGGAAGAGAGAGAAGAAGACUUUGAUUCAAGUAUAAAUGAACCAGUGCCUAUAUAUUGGUGUCGUUAGGGAGGCGAGGACUAGUUCUAUAGAAUAUAAUGGUUAUCUUUUUAUUUUGAAUCUCCUUAAAGUUGUUUUCAGUCGUCGUAAAACCAAAUCGUAGGCAACUGAUGUCCACUUAUAUUGACCAAGAGAAGCUACCAAAUAAAUUUACGCUGGAGGCAUUUUUAAGCUCGUUUUCCAUGAAUUUGAAUCCCCUUCUGGUAUUGCUGAUUUUCAAAUAUAUAGCCUACAUAGUUGUUAAUUGCAAACCAACUAUUGUUUAAAGUGAAUUCUUCUUUUGUGGCCGGCCGCCAUGUUAAUUGACAAGAACAAAACAUCUUUAGUCAAAGUGAACCAAAAUGGAUGCUUAAUUUAAUAUAUCACACGAAGUAUCAGAUGCAUUAGUUGUGUGAAGAUGGUGCAAAUGUGGUGCAAAUGUGGUGAAUACCACAUUUGCACCACAUAGGGUGCGCCUAGUGUGGUAUUCACCACAUUUGCACCAUAUUCACAUUCGCACCAUAUUCACCUAGUGAUUCAAGAAUUCACUUUCAUCAGUUGCCUACUGGCGGUUUCUCAUGGGUUCGUCGGUACAUAAGGCUCAGAUAAUGAAAAUACAACUGCAUGUCUCGUGCUGAUAUGCUUGCCACUCGAAACAAUAUGCAUUGUAUAACAAGUAUGAAUCAAAAAAAAAAAAAAAAACACGAAAGAAUAUAGUUUGUUGGUGCCGUAUAUAUAGCUCACAGUCUUCACAGUGGAAUGAGAGGCUUCGAACGUGCUUACACUUUGUUGCCUAAGCACUUUGCUCUAUCCAUCAUUUUCCAUACAUCGGUUCACUGGUGAAACACAAAGCAUUUAGUCGAGGUUGCAAAGUUCAAAUUUGAAUCAUCCUUUGCAAGUACCUUGGCGCCUCGCUUGAGCGCUUUGUGUUUGACCAUUGAACCGAAGUAUGGAAAACGGUGAAUAGUAUACUGAUUUUUGCUGAUUCUUAACUACCCAUGCAAAAAUCCAGGCACGUCCCCGGCACCAAGUGCAAACACGCUCUUUAGCUGCGGUGCCACGACGACUUGAAAAUAAAAAUGACUUUCUGGGAAGCUAGGAUCUUAAUGAUAUAGUAACGCUGGACGUAGUUUAAGACAAGGUGAUGUAAGGGGACAGCAUUAUAUGAAGAAAGAAAUUUUAAAUCAGUUAAUGGAGUAUUUUUAAAAGAGGUCAUAAUUAUUUUUAAAUUGAAAGUCAGAUGAGAAAUAAAGCUAAAGGUGUUGU